GUCUUAAAACAAUCAACAAGCAGCCAUUGGAGAAUAAAGUCUAUAGUUCAGAGAGAAUAUAAAAGAGAAGCAAUAAACUUACCAGUAACAGCAAAGGCUACUAAUGGAUCGGCAGAAGAAGAGAAAGAGAACAGAUAACGGCAACACUAACGGCGGCAAUCGAAGAGAAACUGCUGUGUCGCCAUCGCCAUCGCCGUCGGAGGAGGAGGUUGAUCAGUUCUUCGCGAUCUUGCGGAGGAUGCACGUGGCAAUAAAAUAUCUCCAGGAAAAUACUGUCGAUGACGUGGCAGGCGGCCAGAAGAGAGGCGUGCAAAGAUGUGAUUUGGAUCUCAACGCUCUGCCAGAAAACGGAGAUUAACGCCGUAUAGACGGUGACGGUCCGUCUGUACAGGUUAAGUUUUUUGGCUACUGUUAGUAUGUAUACUUGCUCGUAUCACUCACAACGAAUAUGCAAUCUCAUUUCGGAGAAUUAUUGUACUUGUAAUACAAAUCUCCUACAUGCUUAAAUUUUGCAUCAAUAAUUUUGCCUUAGUAUUUUAUGUAAUAAAACUAUAUUGUACAACAGUUUGGGAUAUUAUGUGUUAAUUUUUACUUUUUAAUC